GGAGUCUCGCUCUGUCGCCCAGGCUGGAGUGUAGUGCCAUGAUCUCGGCUCACUGCAACCUCUGCCUCCUGGGUUCACGCCAUUCUCCUGCCUCAGCCUCCCAAGUAGCUGGGACUACAGGUGCCUGCCACCAUGCCCGGCUAAUGUUUUGUAUUUUUAGUAGAGAGGGGGUUUCACCAUGUUAGCCAGGAUGGUCUCCAUCUCCUGACCUUGUGAUCUGCCCUCCUUGGCCUCCCAAAGUGCUGGGAUUACAGGCGUGAGCCACUGCACCCUGCCGGAGCCUCAUAACUUUGUGAGGUGGGCAGGACAAAUCUUAUUAAUUCCCCAUUUACCAAUGACAAAAUGAGGUUCAGAGAGAUUAGCCCUCUUGGCCAAGAUCGCACAGCCAGUCAGUAGCAGAGGUGGGACUUGAACCCGUCCCUUGCUGUUCUUUGAACUUCUCCACACGACAGGGCUGUCCCUCAGCCUACAGGUCACCCCUCUAGCCUUGCCUGUUGGCUCUUCCUCAUCCUUUCAGGCCCAGCCCAGAUACUUUAUAAACAAGAAUGACAAGAGCUAACCCUUUUUUUUUAAAUGAGACAGUCUUGCUCUUUCACCCAGGGAAGACUGGGUGACGCAGUGGCUCAAUCUUGGCUCACUGCAGCCUCUGCCUCCAGGGUUCAAGCUAUUCUCAUGCCUUAGUCUCCUGAGUAGCUGGGAUUACAGGCGUGCAUCACUACACCACACUAAUUUUUGUAUUUUUAGUAGAGAUGCGGUUUUACCAUGUUGGCCAGGCUGGUCUCGAACUCCUGACCUCAGGUGACCCGCCAGCCUUGGCCUCCCAAAGUGCUGGGAUUACAGGCGUGAGUCACCACGCAUGGCUGUGAGCUAACGUUUAUUAAGCAUCCGCCACUUUCUAGAUGAGGUCCUUACUGACUUCCUGGGGUUAUUUUAGGUAAUCAUCCCCAUACCUCUUACGUGGCAGGUAUGACUGUUACAGAGCGAGAAACCGAGGCUGAGAAAGGCUAAGUAGCGGCCACACCUCACUCAGCAGGUGACAGGCUGCGGUGGCACUCAUGACAUAGUCUGACUCUAGAGCAGGCCUUUCCUGCCCGCUGUUGCUGCCUCCAGAAGCCUCUCUGAAUCCAAGGGUGGGAACUACUCCUCCUUGCCCUCGAGCCUUCGCCAAAGCCAGGGCUUGGAGCGGCCGUGGGCUCCUCCUCCUUCCCCCAGGCUGGGUUCUUCAGGGGCGGAAACCUGCCCGGCUUGCCUGCCUCGCUCGACCCUGUAGCCCCUGGCACGAAGUAGGUGCCCGUGAUGCCGGAUUAUUUCAGCAGGAGGGCAGGGGUGUUCCCGAUGAAGACAAGAGAUCCAGGGAGGAGAAGCGACUCCCGGGGCCACCCAUGCGUAGAUCUCAGAGCCAGGCAAGAGCUAGGUCCCGUGGGUCCCGGAGCGCGCUCGGGGCUCCUCCUCGCCCGCGCCGCCCGCGCCCCCCGCGCCCCCUGCGCUGGCGUCUGCGAGGCCGGAAGGAAGGGGCGGCGCAGCCGGGCCGGGGCGGGCACCGAGGCCUGGCGGGCGGGCCUGGGGCGCUUUCGUGCCUGCCGGGGAAAGGCUGGCGAGGAGGCUGGGGGCGGACGCAGGGAGGAAAGAAGCAAUGGGGUGUUUUUGCGUUUUGACAUUUUAAAAAGAAGUGCAGAUUCGCUUCCCGGAGCCGGGCUGGCAGCCUGCGCUAUGGUUGGGGACCAACGUGGGGCGCCGGCAGGGGCCGGGGAGGGAGGCGGCCGCAGCGAGGGCCCGGGAGCGCAGGGCGGGCCUGGAAGAGCUCCGCCCCAAGGGGCGCGGCCACCCCGGAGGCGGGCGCACGGCUGCUUCUCAUUCAUUGUCUUGACAAGAGCAUCCUCAGCGGGCGAGUCCCCGGCUCCUCCAGCUCCUUCCUCCUCUUCCUCCUCCACCUCCGGCUUUUGGGGGGUCACUGUCCUCUCUCGGCAGCAGACUGGACGUGUGGACAAGAAUGCGCCCACGGUCUGUGGCCACACAGCCCCUGUGCUAGACAUCGCCUGGUGCCCGCACAAUGACAAUGUCAUUGCCAGUGGCUCCGAGGACUGCACAGUCAUGGUGUGGGAGAUCCCGGAUGGGGGCCUGAUGUUGCCCCUGCGGGAGCCCGUCGUCACCCUGGAGGGCCACACCAAGCGUGUGGGCAUUGUGGCCUGGCACCCCACAGCCCAGAACGUGCUGCUCAGUGCAGGUUGUGACAAUGUGAUCAUGGUGUGGGACGUGGGCACUGGGGAGGCCGUGCUGACGCUGGGCCCAGAGGUGCACCCAGACACAAUCUACAGUGUGGACUGGAGCCGAGACGGAGGCCUCAUUUGUACCUCCUGCCGUGACAAGCGCGUGCGCAUCAUCGAGCCCCGCAAAGGCACUGUGGUAGCUGAGAAGGACCGUCCCCAUGAGGGGACCCGGCCCGUGCGUGCAGUGUUCGUGUCGGAGGGGAAGAUCCUGACCACGGGCUUCAGCCGCAUGAGUGAGCGGCAGGUGGCGCUGUGGGACACAAAGCACCUGGAGGAGCCACUGUCCCUGCAGGAGCUGGACACCAGCAGCGGUGUCCUGCUGCCCUUCUUUGAUCCUGACACCAACAUCGUCUACCUCUGUGGCAAGGGUGACAGCUCGAUCCGGUACUUUGAGAUCACUUCCGAGGCCCCGUUCCUGCACUAUCUCUCCAUGUUCAGUUCCAAGGAGUCCCAGCGGGGCAUGGGCUACAUGCCCAAGCGUGGCCUGGAGGUGAACAAGUGUGAGAUCGCCAGGUUCUACAAGCUGCACGAACGGAGGUGUGAGCCCAUUGCCAUGACAGUGCCUCGAAAGUCGGACCUGUUCCAGGAGGACCUGUACCCACCCACCGCAGGGCCCGACCCUGCCCUCACGGCUGAGGAGUGGCUGGGGGGUCGGGAUGCUGGGCCCCUCCUCAUCUCCCUCAAGGAUGGCUAUGUACCCCCAAAGAGCCGGGAGCUGAGGGUCAAUCGGGGCCUGGACACCGGGCGCAGGAGGGCAGCACCAGAGGCCAGUGGCACUCCCAGCUCGGAUGCUGUGUCCCGGCUGGAGGAGGAGAUGCGGAAGCUCCAGGCCACGGUGCAAGAGCUCCAGAAGCGCUUGGACAGGCUGGAGGAGACAGUCCAGGCCAAGUAGAACCCCGCAGGGCCUUCAGCAGGGUCAGCCAUUCACACCCAUUCACUUCCCAUUCCCAGCCACAUGGCAGAGAAAAAAAUCAUAAUAAAAUGGCUUUAUUUUCUGGUA